GGUAUCGUAGUUACUCUAUGGAUUAUGCGCUCAUAUGGGCUCAUAUCGACUGUAAUUAUAAAACAUUCGGAGUAAAAUGUUGUCGAGAUUGGCACUUCGUAAUGCUCAGUUGCUACCUUUAGCUGUACGUGGAGCUGUAGCUACACAAAGUUCUUCUUCAGCAGAAUUUACUCGUCCUAAACGUUUAAUUGAUCCUUCUCCAGUCAGACAUGGUUUCAUACCCGAGGAAUGGUUUCAAGCUUUUUAUCCUAAAACUGGUGCAUCGGGGCCAUAUGUAUUUGCCAUAAGUGUGGGCACUUAUUUAGUUUCCAAAGAAAUUUAUAUUCUAGAGCACGAAUAUUAUAAUGGGCUGGCUCUGUUAAUUAUAUAUAUAGCAGGUGUAAAAAUGUUUGGUCCAAAAUUGGCUGAAGUAUUGGACAAAGAAGUAGAUAAGUAUAGUAAGGAGCUUAAUGAAACUAGAGACAGCGAAAUAAAGAGCUACGAGGAACUUAUUGCACAUGAAAAACAAGAACAAUCGAGUUUGGAGGGACAAAAAUUGAUAAUGGACAUAAAGAAGGAGAAUAUUAAGAUGCAAUUGGAAGCAACUUAUAGAGAACGUUUGGUGCAAGUUUAUCAAGAAGUGAAAAGACGUCUUGAUUACCAAGUACAAAUACAAAACCUUGAACGCCGAAUUGCACAGAAGCACAUGGUCCAAUGGAUUGUAAAUGAAGUAUUGAAGGCUAUCACCCCUGAUCAAGAGAAAGCAACUCUUCAGCAGUGUAUCAAGGAUCUCGAAGCACUUGCUGUGAAGGCAUAAAGCAACUUUAAAUCGUUAAAUUAGAUGAAAUAGAAAUAUGAUGGCAGAAUAAGAGAAGUUGUCAUCACAUAUGGUGUUUAUUUCGCGCAGUCUAUAAAAUAUUUCAGAGUAUUUCAGAAUCAUUGGAACAUUGUAAAUGAAUAAACGCCAUAUUACACAAAACAUUACUGUAUAAAUAAAUCUUUUUUUAUCAGUAAUUAUGAAAAAUUAUAAAUUUUGCUAAAUGUUAGUUAGGCAAAAGUUUGCGUAGAAUAAGAACAUUGUAGGUAUUAAAAUGUUAAGAGACUUUUA